AUGUCGAACUACCAGACGCCGGAGUCAAAGAAGGAGGAGUUCCGCAAGUACCUGGAGAAGAGCGGCGUUAUCGAUGCUCUCACGAAGGUGCUCGUGGGUCUGUACGAGGAGCCGGAGAGACCUCCAAACGCCGUGGACUACAUCAAGAGGUACAUGGGCGCUCCGACAGGGGUGGAUGCAGAGGCGAUGCGGUUACAAAACGAGGAGUUCAAGAGAGAGAAUGAGGAGCUGAGAUCGAAGUUGCAGAGCCUCACCGAAAAGAUGACCGCGGAAGUGGACGCAUAGCUCGAUGCGCAACUGCGAAUUUCGAAUCCGAAGGCGGUGGCAAAACCGCUCACCCCGGGAAACUAUUUUUUGUUUCGCCGGGGCAUCAUCGUCGUCAUCGUUGCCGUACAAGCGGGCCUGCGAGGCCGGGGCGCCGUGGGUUAUCCCAGGAGGCGGGGGGGGGGGGGAGGGGGUUCCGCUGCCCGCGAGAGAGCAACGCACGAGCGGUUCGUUGCGGGGGCAGUGACGCGCGUUUUCUUUGCCGAAGGUUGUCCACAAGCUCGAGGGCGGCAUGGUGCCUGGAGAUAGAGGAGCGAGAGAGGGGAUACAUGGAGGCACGAAUCCUCCAGACCACUAGUAGGACAAACGAGUGUGUGGUUUUCCCCUUUUGGGAUGUGUGCAUCGUAUGUACUGCAGGCGAGGAAAACACGAACGCAGGGUAGGCACCCGCCGGCUUUACGCCUAGGUGCGCUGUGCUGCUGCGGGGUCGUUGUAGGAAAUCGAGCGAGGGGCAUUUCGGGGGAGGAUGUAAGAAGGGGGGAUUGAGGGGCUGGGGCACAGCAGCUUGUUGCGUCGCCCGCAUGCUACGGUUAAUUGGUUUUAUUUUUAACACAACUGACGUUUAAGAGUGGAAUGGAAGGAAGGGUUUUGGUCUGCACAAAAUUGCGCAGCAGGAUUGCCUCCGAACCACUUCCCGCUCGCUGAGUUUCAACUGCGACGAUAGAUGCCAUGUGAAAAUUGGGGUUGCGCUUGGUGGCGGCGGGAGACGUCGGGGGGGCGGGGGGGGCGGCUGAGGGAGCAAACCGGGUAGCCAAGUAGAGAUGACGAUGGUACUCCUGCUGAUGUCCCCCCUCGUUUUGGAGCAAAAUCUGCUCCAGCGGCGGCCGCCGGCCGUCACUCUAGGGGCGGUUGAGGCAAGAGUGUGUUGGUGUAAAAAGAGAAGAGAGGAGGGUUGGUCGGCCUCCCUCGGGGGACAGCUGCGAUAGAAUGGCGUUUCUGUCGGCCCGGGUGUGUGCCAGCCAGCGACACGAUGCCUUCUCCUUCGGUUCAACAGAUACAAUAAGUGAUAUAAAA